AUGCCCGUCCACGAAACGUCCCCGUACCCGACCGUGGCCACGUACCCCAAGCUCGUGCAUGGGGUAACCGCCAAGAUUCAAAUCACCGACUUGAAGCAGUCCCUGGAGAGCUUUGUGAACAAGUAUGCGAACCGUCUUUUCAACUCAACCGAAGGCGGCCAGUCGUGGCACUGGAUCUACGACCAAGCGGUCGAGUUGGCUUCCACCGAGGUGAACAACACUAACGUCAAAGUCACCGUGCGACCUGUCACUCACGAGUGGGGGCAGUAUUCAGUGAUUGCCCGCGUCGAGCCUACUACUAUUGUCAAGGACGACAUUGUCAUUUUGAGUGCGCACCUAGACACGAUUAACGAUGUAGACUGGAAUGACACUGUGAAGCGCUACAUCGCCCCUGGGGCCGACGACGACGGAUCGGGAACCGUGACCAUCUUGAAGACGCUCAAGUACUUGCUGACGGCCCCCAUUCGGCCCGUGGAGUUUCACUGGUACUCCGCCGAAGAAUUUGGCCUGCAAGGAACCAAGGCAGUGGCAGAGGAGUAUGCGAACGCCAGCACAGCCGUGUACGCCUUGAUGCAGUUGGACAUGACGGGACUCGUCGCGACCUACGUGGGCCUCCGCGUGAACCACUCAGCGUGCGGCUACAACUGCUCGGAUCAUUACUCGUGGAACAUAUCGGGGUACCCCUCGUCGUUUCCGUUUGAAACCGAGUUGAUUGACUUGAACCCGAACUACCACUCCCAAAACGACACGGUCGACACCAUCAUUUUUCAACAUGGUCGAUUUCACCAAGCUCGCGAUUGCGUACGUUGUCGAGCUGACUCAGGACAGCGCCACGUCAUGCUAAUCACCUCGUUGUUCCAUCGCAGUACCGUACACAUGGGCUACAGAUAG